CGCUUGUAUUUGGGCCUGUUCGACCUACCAGAAUUUCCAGCUCAAAAUCGAAGUUCGUGCUUUUAUUCUCUCCACCUCUCAUGUUACUAACAGUAGCACAACAUGGAUGCUGUGAUAGCAGUUGUGCCUCCGUCAUUAACGAGCGCAUGUGGGUAACACUGCCCCAAAAGCAAUGACGUCGACGACAGCAAACAUGCGUUGUAUGUUAUUCGGCGUUGCUGACGUCGUCUUAAAAAACCGGGCGACUGACUAACGGCCAGCGACUAGCGCCUUUCGUCGUCGCGUUCGUAGCUACCGGUGCCUGUGUUGCCCAGCGGGGACAGACGUGUUCGUAUUUAGCGCUCGUUAUGCUUCACGAGCGUUAACGCAGCUUGCAUGGACCAAGACCAAGAAGUUAGAAGAAUGUGUACCCUUAUAAAAUGGAAAUGCUGUGCGCAAAGUGAAUUCAGUUGACGGGCGAGCACAUAGGUGACAGGAACUUCGCGACCAAGCAUUUGCGGCGACCGUGUAUGCUGUGAGCGAAUAUUAUAGGUGCCAACAGCAGCUGCAAUAACAACAAGAACAAUAAGUGACUGUUACAGCAACGGCUUGCACAUAACAUUAACAGCGGCUAUUGCCUUAACAGUGCUCUGUAGUGCAGUAGAGUGUGCGCCUUGCCGUGCUCACCGUGUCAUGGGUGGAGGGGUGCAGUAGUAGCGGCUGAAUGUGUGAAUAGGUGCUGUUGUUUUAUUUUGUUGCUUUGUUGCUGCUAAUAAGUACGGUCACCGCAAGCGAUCAGCAGGACGACCAUAACAGAAUGCUGUUUCAGUUACAGUUGCACUGUGGCCGAGAGCGAAGCGAAUUGAGAAAGGCGCGUGAAUGAGAUAAUGUAAUAUUAAAGUACAAAGAAUAAAAAAUAAUUAAGACUACAUAGUGGGUUAGUUGUGAUAGUGUUGAAGCGGGUACAAGAAAGAAGUACAGCUGGAAAAACGAAAUUAAAUAAAAGUUAUUAACUAAAUGUCAAAUAAUAUAAGUGCAUAGUAAUAUAGACUGUCUUAUUAGUAAAAAAUGUUUAUUAGCAACUGAAAAAAGAGCGAUAAUUAAAUUCAAAGUAAACCCUUUAAUGAUUAUAAAAAAUUGCCAAACAAAUAACAACAAAAGGUAAACCGAUGCAAUAAUUCACAUAACCUACCUAUAGCGGCAACAAUUAAUUAGGAUACCGUUACUCAAAACCACGCCAAUUGUCCACUUUCCAUUGCCACGCAACUGUGAUCCUUUAAUGAUACACAUCACGGCUUAAUUAGCUAUACGUGUGUGUGUGUGUCUUAAAAGUGCCAAAUUGCCAAUUGCCAAACAGUAAAACGUCCAAAACAGCAACAAGUACGAGCGGGUACAAAUCGAGAGGGUGGUGAAGGGUAGCGAACGCAAUGCCAGAUACUAAAAAAGCCGAUGAAGAAAUUAGCGAUAAGGCAUCAACGUGUGGGAAGUUGCUGAUAUUCCUAUCUGUUGGACUUGUCAUACUCACGUUGCCGUUCAGCUUGUUCGUGUGCUUUAAGGUAGUACAGGAAUAUGAACGCGCCGUUAUAUUUCGUUUGGGCCGUCUUAUGCAGGGUGGCGCCAAGGGUCCCGGCAUCUUCUUUAUCUUACCAUGCAUUGACUCGUACGCCCGUGUGGACUUGCGUACCCGCACCUAUGACGUUCCACCACAGGAGGUUCUGACAAAGGACAGUGUCACCGUGUCGGUGGAUGCAGUGGUUUACUAUCGCGUUUCCAAUGCGACAGUUUCUAUAGCGAACGUGGAGAACGCUCACCAUUCGACCAGACUUUUGGCGCAGACUACUCUACGAAACACAAUGGGAACUCGGCAUUUGCAUGAGAUACUCAGCGAGCGAAUGACAAUUUCCGGCACAAUGCAGGUCCAACUAGACGAAGCCACCGAUGCUUGGGGCAUUAAAGUCGAGCGUGUUGAAAUCAAGGACGUGCGCUUGCCAGUACAACUACAACGUGCCAUGGCCGCCGAGGCUGAGGCCGCACGUGAGGCACGCGCUAAAGUUAUCGCCGCCGAAGGAGAACAGAAAGCCUCCAAGGCAUUGCGCGAGGCAUCCGAGGUGAUCGGCGGCUCACCAGCAGCGCUCCAACUGCGUUACUUACAGACACUCAACACAAUAUCAGCGGAAAAGAACUCCACAAUUGUUUUCCCAUUACCCAUCGAUUUGAUAACUUAUUUCCUGAAGACUACCGAGGCGACGGCGAAGCAAAAUGCCGUUGUACCGGCGGCGGCAACGACCAGCAGCGAACAAUCACCGCAGGCGUCGACAUCGCCGCAGGCGGGCAUUCAGACCGCAGCUAUGUAAAAAGAGCCAUGACAACAACAACAAUAACAAAAAUUUUAUAUAAACAGUGGACGCAUGCAAAAUACUCAUACAUGUGUGUGUGUGUGUCAACGCUUUUUGUGAGAAAUCCGAGCAUGCAGGGCCGAGAAAUCGCUCAAGUUGCCUCGGAAAUAUGCCUGAAUCGAGAAAUGUGAAUGUUUGUGUGAAAUAUUCUGAACAUAGUGGAAAAAAUUACACAGUGUGCGCGAAAAGUUUGACUUCUCAUAGCUGAAUUCCGGUAAAAUGAGUAAUCAGUGACUCUGAGAGUAGUUUGGGCAAUUAGCUCAUACAUAAGUACAGUUAGUAGACUUUGUAUUGAAUAACAAACAGCCUAAUAGAACAGUAUAGUAAUGUUACAAGCAAGCAAGUAAAAAUUAGUUGGCAUCACUUUCGUCACCGGUUUUCGAUGACAAGUAAUAAUAGCCAGAUUUUUUUCUUUGGAAUUCGGACUCUCAAGCACUUUCAGAUAAGACCAAAGUAUUUUGAGAAAAAAUGUGAGUUGUUAAGUAAGUCGCGCACACUUUAGACAUACAUAAGUAAAUAACUAGGUGUAGUUUUAAGUAGCAUUAGGAGAGUUGAUAAAAUGUUGCUGAAAAUGGCGUUAAGUUUGAUCGAAUAGCUUAAAAUCAUAAAGUUCGCAAAAUUUUCUAAAUAUUAAUUAUAUUAAAUUUUAUUACUACACUUCUUAGCUGAAUUGAAUCACAUGGUUAAGUAAGGCGAUUUAAAACGAAAGAUAAAUAGAAUAGAUUAACUAAAAUAAUUACUUAAUUAUUUCCCCAACCCACACGCACGCCUUUAAUUCAUUAAAAUAUAUUAAAUACAAAUACAAUAAUUACGAACACAUACUUAUACAUUUAUACAUGGUUUAGCGAAUAAAAAUUGCGAAAAUAAUUUAGUAAACACACAUACGUAUAUAUACAUACAUAUAAAAGUCUCGAUCUCAUUUGGAUGCGUACAAUUGCUUUGAAAAAUAGCUUAAAUACAGAAUUAAUGUGACAAGUCACACACACGCAUACGUAGAUUUGUAAAUAUAUUUGCAUUUACUUACAUACAAGGCACAUCUCUCAUUUGCGAGUAGGGCACCCGAACUAAUUUACUGGCAUGAUACAGAACAGAACUGUUUAACUGGUUGACUCCAUUUUUCAAAAUUUUUAAAAUUAAUUUGUGUUAUUUUCGUGUUUUUCGAGGUACUAGCGGUUGAAAAGUAAUAAAUAAUAAUAAUUUUCAGCAAAACCAAAUAUUUACGAGUUACCUAGUUCUUUUCUGCCAAUAAGUAAUUCCUUUUAAAUGCAGUUAUCUGGAAGUAGUUUUAAGCUAAACAACACUGUGCAACAGUGUGGAAAAAUGUUUUUCCACGGAGAGUGACAAAUACGAACAUAGGAUAAAAAAAGUUCAGAAAUACUUUAUAAUGAGGAAAGAAAAUCUUCAUCUGAACAAUAUUUUGCCUUCUACUUCUGUCUUCUCUUUUAUUUGCAAAAACAUUUUAAUGACAUUUUUUUAACGUUUUUUCAAUAAAACGUACAAUAUUUUAAGAGCACAAGGCAAGCUUUUUAGUAAUUUUCUUAAUUUGGCCAUUGAAUGCGUCAAGUAUAACUUUUAUAUUGUAGUUGUCAAAGUGCUACUUAGAACAAUUUUCUAAUUCGAAAAUCAGAAAAUUUGAAAUUACAAACAAGAAAAAUUUUGAAAUUUUUUUUAUCAAUGGAACUUCAUACUUCACUACUAUUUAUCUCAUUAAAUUUAAAAAAAUGCGAUAUCAAUUAUUUUUAAUUGUACGGUUUCUUAUAACACCUUUAAUAAUAAUGACUUAAAUCUAUACAAUUCAUGAAAGCAUUAAAAAUGACAUCGAAUCAAUAAAAUUGCUACUUUUAGCUACGAAAUAGACGAAUUGUUAUAUUAUACAUAUGUACAUAGUAUACUAUUAUAUACUCGUAAUAUAUUGAAAAGUAAAUGAUUGUCAGCACAAAAUCUCACUUUUGCUUCGCACUAAAUUACCUAAUGAAAGAGUAUUUACAAAACACUUUAUUCGGUUGCUAAACUUGAAUUAGCUUGUUUUUAAUAAUCAAUACGCUUUUAAGCCUAGCAGUACAUAAACAUCGACUGUACUGGUGGAAGCUCCUAAAGCUAAGCACAUAGUGCAGCAAAGACUUAUAAUAAUAGCAGCGGACACAAUGUUGAUCGAAAAUCAAAAAUGAAUGCUUACAAACCUUUCAUUGAUAUAAAAAUCUAUACAGAAAACAGAUCAAUUGAUAAUCGAGUUUUAUAUUACAAAUAAUUGAACUAUUUGUGAUAUUGUCACUUGGGUGUGUUUCAUUAAGGCAGUGCCAAAAUUUUAAUUGAGACAGAAAACUACUUAAUUAAAACUACUUGUGCAACAUUCAAAAGUAAUGCACCUAAUUGUCAUUGAUAAGUGUAGUUAGAGUUGCCAUAAAGAAACAGACAGACACACUUAAAGUUUAAGAUAUUUAGCGCAAGUAAACGUUACCAAUAAGUGAUGGUAUAAUAAUAAAAAUCAGUGUGCCAUUUGUUGAAGUCCAUUUGAAGCUUUUACUAUAAAAUAUUAAGCUUUUGAAAGCUUACUGGCACGGAGCUUUUAAAAAAGCACAUGGAAAGUUACAAGCAAACUAAGCGUCAAAACUGAAUCGCAAACCGGAUUAGGUUUGUAGCUGAUAAAGCUUCUUGCAGUGUACUUGUAUGAGGAAGUAUUUUUCAAAGGACGUGGUACGAUAGGAAUUGCUAAUACUUAAAAGGUGUCAUAAAAAUAGUAGACCCAGAAUUCCAAAAAAAAAAAAAAAUUAUUUAGUUCAGAUUGAUAAACAAAGUCAAGGGGCUGGGCAGUCUGGAAAUGAUUUCAAAUUAAAGUCCAUCUUUGAUUCUCAUGUGGACUACUUUUUGAGUCACAUAGCUUAUGCUUAUUUAAUUAUAGGAACAGCUGAAUACAUGGAGUUUUGUAAAUACAAAAUGUGUAUAUCUUAUGGCUAAAAUAUAUUUAAGUAAUUUAUAAAUGCAAAAAAAAUCGAAAACAAAAAUAGUUUUUCAUAAUACUUAAACUCUUACACGAAUUCAUUAAUUGUAGUGAGAAUGAGAUCUUGACAAUUCGAGAAUUAAAGUUUCAUUCAAUGCUCAGCUAUUCAAUAUACACUACAUAUAUAGAAGUAUGUAGUAAAAGUAUACGUAUCAAUACAUUUUUUUAUUAAAAAUAAAACUUGUUAAGUGUAAUAGUCAAUUAGGAAAAAUAAGAAGUGAAAUAUUUUCGACUUUCAUCAAUGAAAUACAGGUUUAAAAUACUCAAAUACUUAAGUACAUACAAAAAUGACAAAUAGAAUGGACACACAAUCAGUGGCGCCAAAUAUUGAAACCGCAUGCAAUAACUAAACACUUAUGUAUUACGUACACACAUAAAUAUGUAUGUGUGGGUAUGUAAAUUUAAAUAAUCGAAAAUAUAAUCUAAUGUAAUUGAAUAGUACUUGUAAUCAAAGCCAGGGAGCAGCAAAAUGUAUGUAGCUGAUGAAAUCUGACAAAUAAACAGCUUUUAAGGCGCUGGCGAAUGGGUGCGUGUGUGUGUGAGGAGCAGAAAGCUGUGUACAUUUAACGGGAUUGGUAGUGAAAUAACAAUAGCCAGUCGGUAACAGUAAGAAGAAGAAGAAUCGACAGAGAAAUGAAUAAUGACCGCACUGUGGCUUUUGUUAUGGCAAUACAAAAACAACACUACAAAAAUUGUAUUUGAAAAUAAAAUAAAAAAACAAAAAAGUAUUGAAAAUAAUGUAGCAUAGAAAUAAAUAUGUAAAAUUAACAAUGACAUACAUAUUUACAUAUACAACACAUUAAUUUCAACUACGAAUUUACAUAACUUUGUACUUGCAUACAUACAUACUUACGUACUACUUCUAUAUAUAUACAGACAUAUAUAUUCAUUAUGUAGUCUCAGCAGCAGUAAAUCAAUUUUCGUAUAAUAAACUCAAUUAACUAGUAUCCAUGUAUUUAUAGAGAAAGCAUAAAAGCAAGAGAGUUGCCUGCUUACACUCACACAAACAUACAUAUGUACUUUAAAUGGUCGAUGAUUUAUUACAUCACUAUGGCCAUGCAACUCUGUCUCUGUGUAAACUAAAGUCUGUAGAAAUCAAAUUUUUCAAAACCACAAUUUCAAAAAUUAGCUAAGUAGCUGUACUUUAUAAAAAAAAACUUAAACCCCUAAACUUUCACACAACCGCCGUUUUUGGCAUGAUAAUAAUUACUGUACAAGUACGCACACACACACAUUCAAAUACACAAAUAUACAUUGUUGCAUAUGCAAAAGUGCUCGAUGAAUUGCGUCAAGCGUUCGCAUUGUUCAUUACAUAAUAUCAAUCGAUUACAAAAUACGAUUCAAUACUUUUACUUACCCAAAUUACAAUAAUUACAACAAAACCAAUAUGUAGAAUACAGCAAAUGAGAGACCGUUUUCGAAGUUUUUAAAUAAAUCAAUGUUUUUAUCGGUGUCCAAAAACAAAA